CUCAUAAAUUUGUUGACAAGUUGACAGUACAAAGGAUACAAUGAUGACGUGAUUUAUUUCUAUAUCUGAUAUAUAAGAACUCUUGGAUAACUUCAAACUUUGUCCAACUCAUAACAACCGAGUUAGGAAACGUCAUUUCAUCCCGCUGAAAGAUCUGCCAGUCUCACCAUGAUCCACCAAAUCCUCAGUUUAGCACUAGUAUCAGUGGCCUUAACGUCCGCAGAAGCCAAACCAAGUCAAGUUCCGGUUAAGACAGCUACACCUAAGAAAGCGACAUCUGUUGUCUAUGAUACGGUUUUUUACUUGGAGAAAGGAGGUCAUCGCAUGGUGGAAGCAGUACUGGCAAAAUCUAAUGAAGGAAAAUCAGACAUUGAUGACUGCUAUAUCUAUGGAGACGUCAACAUCAUCAAGAAGGUCCUAGAUGAUGUCCCAGUCAGUCUGAUUAAUCUGGUAGAAACACGGGACAUGACCCAAAUGAUCGACACUUGCAAUGUUCUCCUUCUUACUAAGCUAGAAUCAGGGACUUUCCAUCUAUAUCCUAAAGGAGUAGCAAAUGCAGCGACCAAUCAUGGUUUUCUUAUCUACCCAGGGACAAAGUGGUGUGGAGCAGGGAACGUGGCCGAAAGGUACGAAGAUCUUGGACCUGCCCAGGAGACCGACAUAUGCUGCCGAGCCCACGAUCACUGCAACGACACCAUUCCCUCACUUCAAACAAAAUAUGGUCUUAAAAACGUUGCUUUGUAUACCAAGUCCUUGUGCGACUGUGACGAUGUAUUCAGCUGGUGUCUGAAAAAGGCCAAUACCAAAACUUCAAAUGGAAUCGGGCGUGUCUUCUUUAACGUUCUGCAAGUUCAAUGUUUCAAACUGGAGCAUCCCGUAGUGAAAUGUCUACGAUACAAAGGCCUUCCCUUGAUUUACUCCAGCUGUCAAGAGUACCAAUUAGAUAAGGAUAAAUCCCAUGAGUGGCAGUGGUUUGAUGCUCAGUACUACGACAGUAGUUAAGCUGAUAACAGAAGCGCCGCCUAUCUCAAUGAAAUGAAGAAUCAGCCAGUAAUCACAAAUCAAUUAAGUAUAAUUCACUUGUAAAAUUAAAUAAUUAAAAAA